UCAGCUCCAUGUGUUAAACCGCAUCGUAGCAGAUCAUUUACAUCAAACUAUUAACAUUAUUUACUAUAUAAUUCGAAACCCUAAAAGAUCUAUUUUAUCCAUCUUCAUUCUUGCUUUCUCGCAUUUCACCUUAACCAUGGCUUCGAUUGUCUGCUGCUACGCUCCAUACACGAUCCGAGCAUCUUCCGGAUCCGGGUCGAUGAAAAACCCGGAUCCAAACCGUAAGAAAACUGUUUCUUGGUGGGCUCCUCUCUUCGGCAUACCCUCGGAGCCGGAUUACCUCAACAUCGAAACCCCCUCCUCCUCCGUGGCUCCGGAACCGAGCGGGUCGGGUCAGGAUCCGGGUCAAAAGCUUCGUCGUCGCGGUUGUCUUACUGAGGAGAAGGCUAGGGAGUUGAGGAAGAAAAUCGCAGAAGCUUCCACGUUCCACGAAGUCAUGUAUCGUUCGGCGAUUGCGUCUCGGCUUGCUUCUGACAUCUCCGGUCGGGUUAAGGAUUAAAAACGGAUCCGGGUCGCUGUUUUUCAGAUCUAGAGAUCAAUUUGUCGAAUCGAAAAUGUUUCCUGUUUUAGUUGUUGUCGUGUUCAUGUUUGUUUUCAGACCAUCUUCUGUCGGUGCUUGUUUUUCAUUAGAACCGUUGGAUUGGGUAUUGUCUCCUUUUGUUUGUUGUAAAUGCUUGUUCUCAAGAACCGUUGGAUCGUUAGUUAACUUAAAUUUAUUAAUCACCU